CUUGGACUGGAUGACAUAGAAAAAAGACUCGAAACAGACAAACUUGUGUUUCUGAACAACAUUAUUUAUGAAUACCAUUGUAAAGUUCCAUUUCACAAUGUGGAUCUCUUAGCGCUACCAGUUGCUGAAAGAAGGAUACCAACUACAAAUGAAUUGAAAGAGCGGGGUUUAUCUGGCAGAGGUGGCCUUUGCUACCAAACGAAUGGUUUUCUUUAUUUUGUGUUGCAAGCCUUAGGAUAUGAGGUCACGUUAGCCAGGGGGACAGUGUAUCUCCCAGGAGACCACCUGCUUAUCAUAGCACAUGCUGUUGUGACUUCAGAAGACAUGUAUCUUGUCGAAGCAGGCGCCGGAUACCCUACACUGCAAGCGAUCCCUUUAGAUUUCAAAGAAGAAUCAUCUAUUUAUACUUUCUCUAUUUGUACCAUUAAGUUUGUGCGAAAAGAAAGUGGAAUAGCGAGGUUGCACAAAGUCUAUCGGGGGAGUCCAUUAUUCCCUUUGCCCCCCAAAGACGAAGGUACCUCAUGGUUUUCAUUUUACCACUUUGACACGGCCCCUUUUUCUCUAGAAGAUAUUGCCCUCACUGUGAAUGUACCAUACAGCAAUCCCGAGUACAUCUUUCAUCGGUCUUUUCGAGUAGUCUGUUUCCCGAUGGGAAAAUUACUCGGCAUAAAGGACAACGCCAUAGUGGACGACCAGAACGGCCAGAUAUGUUCCACUGAGCUGCGAGAUUCGGACGCCAUAACGAAAACCGUGUGUCGUCUGUUUCCAGUCCUCUCACGUCCCAGAGAAAUUGUAGAGAUGGCUGUUAUGAUGUGGGAAAAUGUAGUUGUUGAUAAGUGACCAACUCAUGAAGAGGUAUAUAUUUUUAGGUUUUAUUAAACUUAUUGUCCAUCAAGGUAUGGAUGAAAGGCAACUUCCGGUUUGCUGAUUUUAAAAUCCUAGAAACGGUGGUUAACUCAAUUAUUCUGGAGUUUGUGCUUGCGUGACCUCCAUA